UCAGGUCUGGCCGUUCCUACAGCGUUUUCUUCGCCUAUCCAGAGAGGACUCAGUCACCAGUGUCACCCAUUACCCAGAGAAAGCUGGAUACUGAAUAACGGUCUGGUGAAAUAGAGGCAGCCCAGAGCAGUCCUCUGCCUUAACCCCUUCUUUGCCUCUGUAUGGCAGAGCCGCUUUUGUGUGAUGACCUUGUAGACACACCGCUUUGGACGUAGUGACCGGAGCAGCCCACCAUCAUGUUCAACUUCAAGAAGGACAAAGAGAAGGACGGAGCGAGGAAGGAGAAGAAGGACAAGAAGGACAAGAAGGAGCGCAUGUCGGCCGCCGAGCUGCGCAGCCUGGAGGAGAUGAGCAUGCGGCGCGGCUUCUUCAACCUCAACCGCGGCUCCAAGCGCGACUCCAAGAACAAGCUGGAGAUCUCCAACCCCAUCCCCAUCAAGGUGGCCAGCAGCAUGGAGCUGAGCCUGACCGACAUCGAGUCGGACGGCCUGAGCAACCGCAGCAGCAUGGUGCUGGAUGGACCAGCCAGAGCGGCAGCUCCAGCUGCUUCCACUGAAGGAGACUACGCCAGCAGGACGGGCCAAGAGAGGAGCAAGGAGGAGAGCCCGUCCGAGGGCUCCACGCCGUCCGGCCAGAACUCGGCUGCGCCGUCCCCGCAGGUGGAGACCAAGGUGUUUGACCCCCAGCGUAAGCAGAGCCUUCAGCAGCAGCAGCAGCAGCAGCAGCAGCCUGGCCCCCCGAAGAAAGUGCGCAUCCCGGAGGUGGUGGACAAGACGUUCCCGGCGGACCUGCGUCUCCCGGUCGUGAUCCCGCCGCACACGCCAGAGGCCCGCGAGCUGGAGCUCCAGCGCCGCAACACCGGCGACUUCGGCUUCUCGCUGCGCCGCACCACCAUGCUGGACCGCGGCGCCGAUGGCGCCGUCUACCGGCGCGUGGUCCACUUCGCCGAGCCUGGCGCCGGCACCAAGGACCUGGCCCUGGGCCUGGUGCCGGGGGACCGGCUAGUGGAGAUCAACGGGCGCAACGUGGAGAACAAGAGCCGCGACGAGAUCGUGGAGAUGAUCCGGCAGUCGGGCGACACGGUGCGCCUGAAGGUGCAGCCCAUCCUGGAGCUGAGCGAGCUGAGCCGCUGCUGGCUGAGGAACACCGAGGGGCUGCGGCGCGAAGCCUUUGAUGUGAAGACCGAAGAGCAGAUCGCCGCGGAGCAGGCAUGGUACGGCUCCGAGAAAGUGUGGCUGGUCCACAAGGACGGCUUCUCCCUGGCAACGCUGCUGAAGACGGAGGCUGGCAGCCUGCCGGAGGGCAAAGUGAAGAUCAGACUGGAGCAUGACGGGACGGUGCUGGACGUGGACGAGGAUGACGUGGAGAAGGCAAACCCUCCGUCGUUUGACCGCUCAGAGGACCUGGCGUCGCUGCUGUACCUGAAUGAGUCCAGCGUUAUGCACACCUUGCGUCAGCGCUACGGGGGCAACCUCAUCCACACCCACGCCGGGCCCAACAUGGUGGUCAUCAACCCCAUCAGCGCCCCCUCCAUGUACUCAGAGAAGGUCAUGCACAUGUUUAAGGGUUGUCGACGGGAGGACACGGCCCCUCACAUCUACGCCGUGGCGCAGUCGGCCUACCGCAACCUGCUGACCACACGCCAGGACCAGUCCAUCGUGCUGCUGGGCAAGAGUGGCAGUGGCAAGACCACCAACUGCCAACACCUGGUGCAGUACCUGGUCUCCAUCGCUGGCAGCACUGGCAAGAUCUUCUCAGCUGAGAAAUGGCAGGCAGUCUACACCAUCCUGGAGGCCUUCGGGAACAGUGCCACGGCCAUGAACGCCAACGCCAGCCGCUUCUCCCAGAUCGUCUCUCUGGACUUUGACCAGGCCGGCCAGGUGGCCUCUGCCUCCAUCCAGACCAUGCUGCUGGAGAAGCUGAGGGUGACGAAGCGCCCGGAGGCCGAGUCCACCUUUAAUGUGUUUUACUACAUGAUGGCUGGAGCGGACAGCACGCUCAGGACCGAGCUGCAUUUCAACCACUUUGCCGAGAACAGUGCAUUUGGAAUCGUGCCUCAGUCGAAGCCUGAGGACAAACAGAAGGCUGCUCAGCAGUUCACCAAGCUGCAGGCGGCCAUGAAAGUGCUGGGCAUCUCGGCCGACGAGCAGAAAGCCCUCUGGCUCAUCCUAGGGGCCAUCUACCACCUGGGCGCCGCUGGGGCCACCAAAGAGGCAGACGAAGCCGGACGGAAGCAGUUUGCCCGUCACGAGUGGGCGCAGAAGGCCGCCUACCUGCUGGGCUGCACCCUGGAGGAGCUCUCGUCCUCCAUCUUCAAGCACCAGGCCAAGGGCACCCUGCAUCGCUCCGCAUCCUUCCGCGGGGGACCGGAUGACCUGGGCUCAGGGGACAGCUCCGGACCCAAGAGCACGGCGCUGGAGUGUCUGGAGGCCAUGGCAUCAGCCCUCUACUCUGAGCUCUUCACUCUCGUCAUCUCCCUCGUUAACCGAGCACUGAAGGCGAGCCAGCACUCCCUGUGUUCCCUGCUCAUUGUGGACACGCCAGGGUUCCAGAACCCUCGCCUUGCCAAGCGCGAGCGCGGCGCCACCUUCGAGGAGCUCUGCCACAACUACGCCCAGGAGCGGCUGCAGACCCUCUUCCACGAGCGCACCUUUGUGCAGGAGCUCGAGCGCUACAAGGAGGAAAACAUAGAGCUUGCGUUAGAUGACAUAGAGCUCAGUACAUCUAUGUCUGUAGCUGCUGUAGACCAAGCCUCAACUCAAGCGCUGGUGCGUACGUUGGCCCGCACCGAUGAGGCUCGUGGACUGCUGUGGCUGAUGGAGGAGGAGGCCGUGCUGCCCGGCGGCUCAGAGGAGACGCUGCUGGAUAGACUCUUCAGCUACUACGGCUCCUCAGAGGGAGACGGCAAAGGUAACACCCUCCUCCUGAAGAGCGACAAGCCGCAUCACUUCCUGCUUGGCCACGGGCACGGCACGGACUGGGUGGAGUACAACAUGCAGGGCUGGCUGUGCCACGCCAAGCAGAACCCGGCCUCCCAGAAUGCUGCCACCCUUCUGCAGGACUCCCAGAAGAAGAACAUCAGUGGCCUGUUUAUGGGUCGCUCUGGCGGGGCCACGGUGCUGUCGGGCUCCAUCGCUGGCCUGGAGGGUGGCUCCCAGCUGGCCCUGCGCCGCGCCACCAGCAUGAGGAAGACCUUCACCACCGGCAUGGCCGCCGUCAAGAAGAAGUCCCUCUGCAUCCAGAUCAAGCUUCAAGUGGAUGCGCUGAUUGACACAGUGAGGAGGUCCAGGGUGCACUUUGUCCACUGCCUGCUGCCCAAAGCGGACGCUCUGAGCGGGGACCUGAAGCUGGUCGGGGGCCCGUCGCCCCGCGGCAGUGAGUCCGAGGCCCACGGCGAGAGCUGCGACACGGGCCUGAUGCAGCUGGACGUCGGCCUCCUGAGAGCGCAGCUCCGGGGCUCCAAGUUGCUGGACGCCCUGAGGAUCUACAGGCAAGGUUACCCUGACCACCUGGUCUUCUCCGAGUUCCGCAGGCGCUUCGACGUCCUGGCCCCCCAUCUGACCAAGAAGCACGGACGCAACUUCAUUGUGACCGACGAGAAGCGAGCGGUGCAGGAGCUGCUGGAGUCCCUGGAGCUGGAGAAGAGCAGCUAUCAUAUGGGACUGAGUCGGGUGUUCUUUAGGGCAGGGGUCCUGGCUAAGCUGGAGGAGCAGAGAGACAUCCAGACCCGGCGGAACAUCACCCUCUUCCAGGCGGCCUGCCGGGGCUACCUGGCCAGACAGUCCUUCAAGAAGCGCAAGAUCCAGGACCUGGCCAUCCGCUGCAUCCAGAAGAACAUCCAGAAGAACCGCGGGGUGAAGGGCUGGCCCUGGUGGAAGCUCUUCACCACCGUGCGCCCACUCAUCCAGGUGCAGCUCAGCGAGGAGCAGAUCCGCGGCAAAGACGAGGAGAUCCAGCAUCUGAAGGGCAAACUGGAGAAGGUGGAGAAGGAGAGGAACGAACUGAGGCUCAACAGCGAUCGCCUUGAGAGCAGGAUUACAGAGCUGUCGUCGGAGCUUGCUGAUGAGAGGAACACGGGCGAUUCGGCCUCACAGCUGCUGGAGUCAGAGACCUCAGAGAGACUGCGCCUGGAGAAGGACAUGAAGGACUUUCAGGCCAAGUUUGACAGCAUGAAGAAGCAGAUGGAGUCGAUGGAGAUGGAGGUGAUGGAGGCUCGGCUCAUCCGCGCCUCCGAGCUGAACGGCGAGAUGGACGAUGACGACACCGGGGGCGAGUGGAGGCUGAAGUAUGAGCGCGCCAUCAGGGAGAUCGAGUUCACCAAGAAGAGGCUGCAGCAGGAGUUUGACGACAAGCUGGAGGUGGAGCAGCAAAACAAGAGGCAGCUAGAGAGAAGGCUGACGGACCAGCAGGCGGACAACGAGGAGGUGCAGCGAGUGGCGGCGCAGCUGAAGAAGAAGUGCCAGCGUCUGACAGCCGAGCUGCAGGACACCAAGCUGCACCUGGAGGGACAGCAGAGUCGCAACCAUGAGCUCGAGAAGAAGCAGCGCAAGUUUGACUCUGAGCAGACGCAGUCUCAGGAGGAGGUGCAGAGGGAGAGGAGUCAGAGGGAGAAGCUGAGCCGAGAGAAGGACAUGCUGACCGGAGAGGUCUUCAGCCUCCGGCAGCAACUGGAGGAUAAAGACCUGGAGAUGUGUGCUCUGAACCUGAAGGUGGAGCAGCUGGAAGCGGAGCUGCAGGACCUGUCAUCGCAGGAGACCAAGGACGAGGCCUCGCUGGCCAAGGUCAAGAAGCAGCUGCGCGACCUGGAGGCCAAGGUCAAGGACCAGGAGGAAGAGCUGGACGAACAGGCUGGCACCAUUCAAAUGCUGGAACAGGCCAAGCUUCGUCUGGAGAUGGAGAUGGAGAGGCUGAGGCAGACCCACUCCAAGGAGAUCGAAAACAAGGACGAGGAGGUGGAGGAAAUCAGACAGUCCUGCAGCAAGAAGCUGAAGCAGAUGGAGGUGCAGCUGGAGGAGGAGUACGAUGACAAGCAGAAGGUGCUACGCGAGAGGAGAGAUCUGGAAUCCAAGCUGAUAGCCGCCCAGGACCAGGUGAGUGUCAGGGACGUGGAGACCGAGAAGCGUCUGAGGAAGGACCUGAAGCGCACCAAAGCCCUGCUGGCCGACGCCCAGAUCAUGCUGGACCACCUGAAGAACAACGCCCCCAGUAAGAGGGAGAUCGCCCAGCUCAAGAACCAGCUGGAGGAGUCGGAGUUCACGGGCGCCGCCGCAGUCAAAGCCCGCAAGGCUAUGGAGGUGGAGAUCGAAGACCUGCACGUCCAGAUGGAUGACAUCUCCAAAACCAAGCUCGCCCUGGAGGAGCAGUUGAGUCGUGUGCAGCGGGAGAAGAACGACCUGCAGUCUCGCAUGGAGGAGGACCAGGAGGACCUCAACGACCUCAUGAAGAAGCACAAGGCCGCCGUGGCACAGUCCUCUCAGCACCUGGCCCAGAUCACAGACCUGCAGACCCAACUGGAGGAGGCCCUGAAGGAGAAGCAGGACGUCCAGGAGAAGCUCCAGUCGCUGCAGAGCCAGCUGGAGUUCCAGGAGCAGUCCAUGGUGGAGAAGUCGAUGGUCAGUCGGCAGGAGGCCAAGAUCCGCGAGAUCGAGACCAAGCUGGAGUUCGAGAAGACGCAGGUCAAGCGCCUGGAGAGCCUGGUGGCGCGUCUGAAGGAGAACGUGGAGAAGCUGACGGAGGAGCGGGACCAGCGUAGCGCCAGCGAGAUCCGCGAGAAGGAGCAAAACAAGCGCUUCCAGCGGCAGAUCCGCGACAUCAAGGAGGAGAUGGCCGAGCUGUCCAAGAAGGAGGCGGAGGCCAGUCGCAAGAAGCAUGAGCUGGAAAUGGACAUCGAGAGCUUGGAAGCAGCCAAUCAGAGCCUUCAGGCAGAUCUGAAGCUGGCCUUCAAAAGGAUCGGCGACCUGCAGGCCGCCAUUGAGGACGAGAUGGAGAGCGACGACAACGAGGACCUCAUCAACAGUUUACAAGAUAUGGUGACUAAGUAUCAGAAACGAAAGAACAAAACUGAGGGGGAGUCGGGCUCCGACUCCGAAGUGGACGAUCGCGUGGACGGGGUGAAGUCGUGGCUGUCUAAAAACAAGGGCUCCGCCAAGAACCUGUCAGACGAUGGGAGCCUGAAGAGCUCAAGAUACGCUGCGAACGUUGACGCAAAGGAAGGGAAAGAAUGGAAAGAGGGUAAGGAAUGGAGAGAAAGUGGGAAAGAGGGUAAAGAGGUAGAACAGAGCAGGCCAGUGUCUGUCAUGAGUUCGCUAAGCUACAGGAAGCGCUCCAACAUCAAGGACUCGAUCGGGGGCAAAGGGGACGAUGGCUCCCUCUUCAGUACCCUGAAGGACCAGUCCCAGGACUCCCAGGAUCUGUCGUCCUUCCGAAAGGGCAAGGGCAAGGCGGCCGACGGCCAGGACGACUCUUACUCGGUGAGCUCCUGGAGGUCUAAGUCCAAGGUCGGGGACGACCUGGACGACCGCGGCUCGGUCAUCUCGCAGGCCUACUCGGAGGCCAGUCGACGGGCCAGGGAGGGCCUGGAGAGCCGCUGGUCCGAGUUGGACAAGGAGUCGGUGGUGUCGUCGCUGGCCCCGAGUCGAGCGUCCACCCGCCGCACCGUGCUGGACCUGUACGACGAGGAUGACUCCAAGUCUACACUAAGCGUGGGGCGGUCCAGCCCCCGGAGUCGACGCCGUAGCAUGUCCCGCCUGGAGGGACGCUCGCCUGUCUCUCCGACCCCCAGCCGGCGGUCGGACGGAGGCGGCCGCAGCCCCGGCAGCGUGAGCCGCGCCGACUCACGCAUGUCGGCGGCCCGCAGCUGUCGGCUUAGUGAGUUCGGCCUGGACGACGACAGCCGCAGUAUAGCGUACAGCGACGCGCGCUCCUCCGCCUACAGUCCCUUCUCCAGUGGCCGCAGCAUCUCCAUGCCGCCCCAGGCCCGCGCCACCGACAGCAGCCCCCCGGACACCUCCGACGUCAAGCCCGUCACCCACCGCAACUACCUGGACCCCGACCUGGAGAAGGCCAUCAACGAGGUGCUCAGCUUCAAGCCCAUCAAGUUCAAGCGCACCAGCCUGGAGGACUCGGAGGCCGAGGCGGGCAGGAAGAAAGACCCGGAGGAAGACGCCGGCGGGAGGAAGAGCAACCUGCGGCGUUCGGCCUCCGCCGUGGACUUCAUGCGGUCCAGCAGCAGCAUGAGCACGCGCAGCGGCCGCAGCAGCAGCAGCAGCAAGUCCAAGUCCAAGAAGAAGAAGAAGCGGAGGAGCCACAGCAGCGACUCGGACAGCUCCGACUCGGACGACGGACGCCGCUCCUCCAAGAGCUCCAAGAAAAAGUCCAAGAAGUCCAAGAUGAAGUCCAGGAAGGCCUCCUCGUCCUCUUCGUCCUCCUCAUCCUCCUCCAGCUCAGAGUCGGACUCCAGCUCCGGAGCGUCCACUAUAUCCUACCGCAGCACCAACAGCAUUAAGAAGGCCCCCAGUAGCAAACCAGCGUCCGGCUCGGAGGAGGAAGACCCUCAGGGCCUCGGGGACGAAGCACCGUCUCUCAGCAAGAAGGACGUGAAGAAGAGGAAGAAGAAGGUGGACAACGUGAUGAUGAAGUACCUGUACCGGCCCGACAGUGACUAGCGGCAAUAGACGGCACCCUCCUUCACGAAGACGCUUCUGCUACGAUCGAUCUGAUGAAGAGGAGGAGGAAGAAGAAAAGGAAGAGGGUGGCGCAUCCCGAAGCUCCUACCGCUCCAGAUACACACGCAGCUACCUGAACGA